AUGUCUUCCUUAUCAACAGUCCCCAUUGUACACAACCGUCAGGCUUCUAAGUUUGUCCUAGUUCUCUCCGCAGUGGUGUUUCCACCGCUUGCUGUCUUUCUUGUAGACGGCUUCUCUAAGGAAACGUUACUUUGUGCCCUAAUGACAGUAUUUGGUUUACACGUUGCGGGAACGGCAUAUGCCAUAUACUUCCUCUGGCCGUACUUGGCAGACAACGUCCCGCUAGCUGACAUUGGCGCCUCCUCCAACGCUGAGACCGUCAACGGAUACACCCGUUUGGAGACCAACACCACCACCACCAACCACGACGAGGAGGCACUCUCACAAUACAAAGAUCUACCUCCUCCUUAUCCUGCCAACAUCACAGAUAACACCGAAGGCAAUACUGGGGAAGAAACCCUGCACACUCAUCCAGAAACACCCUCCUUCUCAGGUGACCAUAAGAUACAACUGCCAUGA